ACAAUAUUGUUUUUUUAAAAACUACUUACAUUAAAUUAAUAAAAUAAUGUCAAUCAAUGUUCAACAGUUCUCAACUUAAGUUUAUUUUGAGUGAGUGUUUGAGUGCUGAAGUAUCCGAUGCGUCCUCCGGCUGCUUACUGCUGUUCUAUGAUCUUUUGUUUCUUAUCGUGAACUAAAAUGCGUACCAGUAUUUCACAGUUUCGACUACUAGUCGACUUUAUGCAAAAGCACAAUCGGUACAUUUGUGCAUCCGCAUCACCAAUGUACCGAAAAAUAUGCCAUCUAAUUCUUAUGCAGAUGACCAUGAAGCAAAUAAAACAGACCGGGAAAACCAUUAGAAAAACAUGUCAACCAAAAAACAAUGUGGCAGAUGAAAAAAUAGACCCCCUAGCCAAAGGAGAGUUCAUCGCAGAGAAAGAAGUAAUGUGUUACAUGGCCUGUGUUAUGAAAAUGGCUGGCACUGUCAAAAAUGGGAAAUUGAGCUACGAUGCUGCGAUGAAGCAGGCAGACAUGCUCUUACCAGAGGAAAUCAAAGAGCCUGCAAAAGCGGCACUGACUGCGUGCAAGAAAGUUGCGGACGCCUACAAAGAUAUAUGCGAAGCUGCAUUUCAUGUAACUAAAUGUGUUUUCAACCAUAAUCCUGAUAUAUUUUAUUUCCCAUAAUAAAUAUUCAUGAAAUGUCUAAAA